CCAAUCCACAACGCAGUCGUUGACUUAUCCGCUUUCGGCCUUCUUCCACGUCAGUGUUCAACCGCCUCGAUACACAUAUUUUGCGACUGUUGAGUACGAUGGUGUCUUGUGCGACCUUAUUAUCGGUUUUGACUUUAUAUCUAGGCGUAGCGCACGCCAUACGCUUUCACAUAAAACCAAACACCAAGCGCUGUCUCAAGGAUGAGGUGCUCAAAGACGUCCUCGUUUCCGGCGAGUACCACGUCUCCGAGACGCCGGGUCACAAGACAGACCUGACAGUCAAGGACAGCAAUGGACACAUACUUUACAACAAGGAUGACAUCAAAGAAGGCAAGUUCGCCUUCACCACAGAUGCGUACGAUGUGUACGAGGUGUGCUUCACCACCAAGAUGCCCAGUGAGGUCAAAGGCGGGGACCGGGAAGUCCAGCUCCAGCUCAAGCAUGGUGCAGAGGCCAAGAACUACCAAGGCUUGGCUGAAGUGGGCAAGCUGAAGCCUCUAGAGAUGAAGCUCCAACAGCUGGAGGACCUGUCGGAGGCCGUGGUGAAGGACUUUGCAUACAUGCGCCAACGGGAGGAAGAGAUGCGCGACACCAACGAGUCGACUAACUCACGCGUGCUGUACUUCUCAAUCUUCUCCAUGUGCUGCCUGCUCGGACUGGCCACCUGGCAAGUUCUCUACCUGAGGCGGUUCUUCAAGGCCAAGAAACUCAUUGAGUGAACAAACAGUUGGGUCUGUGAGUGUUUGUGGAGGGGGGUGCACAUACUGGAGGGGCAAUAAAGACACACUUUCGUACACGAAGUAAGUGGAGGUCCACAGAAGGCAAUGUUUUUUAGUCUAUGAGAAGAAAUGGCCUCUAUUUAUACGAAUUUUUAAAUUGUAUAACAGCCCCUGGGGGAACUUGUUCAGCUCCGGCUACAUCUUGGGAAGUGUUACCAGCUUAGAGGGUGGUGCCAGAGAAGCAUUGCCACACGGCAUUCUAUCUCCAGUUGCGUGCAGCACUGUGCAACUAGAGAGUUUUCAAAUGUCCAUUUAAUUUGUUCCCAUGUGUGGUACUUACAUUUGCACUUCCAAGUUUUGUGGCGGUAGCCUCUCUUUGUGUAUGUGAGUGUCGUUUAGUUUGCCUGAGCUCACCAGGAGUGGGUCAAGUCGUCUGUACAGCUAAAACUUGCCUAAAUGCGAAGUAAACUCUUGGGGUAUCGGGGCACAUUGAAGCAACCUGUGUGCAAGUCAAUGGGCCUACAUGUCUAUACUUGUGGACAAUUUUCCGUGUUUAAUGCAUCAAAGGAUAGCUGUGGGGACAGAGAAUCGGCACAUGUGUGAUAUCAUGAAGUACUAGUGUGGAUUGCUUUCACACCAUUUUUGAUUUGACAUCCUAGUGCAGUAGGGUGGCUGGAAAGCAAACUGCUUAGCAACAUUAUAUUUACUUUUUUUGGUAUUGUAAUAAGCAAAAUAAAGGAAUGAAUGCUGAGAAACAAUUUAUUACAGUUUUAUUGUCCUGUUGGAUACAUUGAGAUAAAAAUUGUGCAUGUUUGAACAUAUUGCUUUUUCCUAUGCAUUUUUACAUGGUAGUGUUUGUCGCUUCCCUGCUUGAAGGUGGUAAAAAUUUCAACACAGACCUAAGAACAGACGAUUCAUUGCUGAUAUUUAGUAGUUGAUAGUAACUGCAUCAAUAAUCUGUUCAGAGCACUACUCACAGCACAGAAAGAAGGGCAAGUUAAUUGUUUAGUCAAUGUGCCAGGUGGCCCCAUUUUUGUUGUUGCUAUUAUUUCUGCAUGGUGUAUAGAUGUAUUAUCUCCGCAAAGACGGUAGAUAUGCGAAAUUAAAAUUUGUGCACAUUAAAAGCGACAAUCAAAUUCGUAACUAUAGGCAGGUGUGUCAUCAUGCAUGUGCAUUAGUUGUGUAGCUUUGGCUUGCAUGGCCACAGAAGGUUGUCCAUGAGUAUGGCAAUGGCUAGUUCUGUGCAUUGGAGUAGCACUUUAAUGAGCAGGCCUGGCCUGUGGCCUGCUGUUAUUUAGUUAGCGCACAAAGCCACUGCUGGAUGCAUGCUGCCCAUCCCAACCUAGUGAGCCAUGGCUGCAGCUUUUACAGUGCAUCGUAAUCAUUGAGGGUCAGAAGUGGUCAGUGCUAACCACCCGGUUGCAGUUAUUUGCAUACUUAUGGUUGUGUCUUUUGGAUCUUGCGCUGCUCUCAUGUCAUGAUUUCUUCACGUAUUUGUUUAGCAACACAUUAUUUAUUUAAGGUACUGUGAAUCACAUGAAUAAAUUGUCACACAAGUGCUGCAAGUGGAAGAUAGCAAACAUCACAGAAGUGCACAUGGCAGAAGUCUGAAGCAUACAGGGUCUCAGAUCUGAGACAAAAAUAAACAGGUUUCAAUCAAGAUUGUGUUGCUGUUAGCAUUGAUUUUGCAAACUCAAUAAAGUUUUCUUUAUUAUGGAA